AUGACAGCUAUCAAUCGAACGCUCCGCCACCAGGUCAUAACCAUCUAUAAAGAGCUGCUGUACCUUGGUCGAGAGUAUCCCCUGGGAUACGAUUACUACAGAACUCGACUCCACAAAGCAUUCGCCAGCCAGCAACAUUUGACGGAUGAAAAGAAGAUUAAAGAAGGUAUUGAAAGGGCCGAAUAUGUGAAGAAGGAGAUAGAAGCAUUGUACUACCUAAAGCGGUACCGCGCUUUGCGUCAACGCUAUGAUAAGGUAUAA